AUGGAAAAGGUUUGGAGGCGAGUAGGACUCCACUCCUCCCGGAAGAAGAGGGAUGGGAGUGGGACCAGCCGGGAAGUGACCGCGUCCGAGCCACCACCCGAGGCCGAAUACCAGAACAUACACACACUGCGAACAGCUGAUCUGAUAAGACAGAAGCAAGGCGAAGAGAAGUCGACUCUGCGCUCGUCUUAUAUCAUCAGGAACGGGGAUAACUUCAUUUUGGUGGAGCGGAGACGCCGCCGUCGCCGCCGGAGCGGCACCAGGGCCUCGUCAGGAAGUCGCCACCACACUCCACCGGUCGAGCAAGAGAUCAGAACAGAGCAGAAACGCAGGCCGCCGGCCCGGCUUAAGAUAUUCGGCAUUCAAUGGCCCCUGCACUCUAGUGAUACGAGACACACGUCGAUCACCCGCCGGUUCUGCCGUGGCAAGAGGUCCAGGGACGACAACGAGCUCUACAGGUCCAACAGCUUCAAGUUCGAGCGGUUCGCACGGGAGCCGCCGGCUGAUGACCCUACUGGAUCACAGGCUGCCCUGUGUGCGGACUACAGCGUGCCGGUGGACUGCGUGUCGGCGGGGCCGGCGCCGCGCCCCAGCUCCUUCCAUGAGAUAUCCGCUCCUAAGGUUGAAUUCAUAGAGGCGUACUGCACGCCACGCGACACAGCGCGCCGGUCACCGCAGGGCUCCCGGCGUUCCCGCGACACCCGGCGCUCCCCGGACUCGGCCAGAUGGCGGUACGACACCAGGAGAACAGACUACGACUCCCGUAGACGCCCGUACGACUACGAGACCAACCGCAAAUACUACGAGCGGUCAGAGUUCGACGGCGAUUCGGGGAGAAGAGCGGAGUUUGACGCAGAGUCUGCUAGAAGACGCGCGGACUACGAGUCUGCGAGGAGGACUGAUUUUGACUUGUCGGCCCCGAGUGUGUCCAGACGCAGCCCCGAUAGUGCCCCCGAGGCGUCUGUUGAAUCGCCCCCGGAGCCCGCGCCCUCCGCUCCUCCGAGACACGAGAGGGCCAGUCGCCAUCGAUCUCAACCAUAUUACGAAUCUGAAUCAUCAUCUGAAGAUCAGACUACAUCAUCAGAAGAAGAGGAAGACGAGUUCGGUGAAUUUGAUCCAUUUGCCACCGCUCCGUCCCUCCACUCACCGGACAGCGGUCGCUCUGACCCCAGAUACGCCAACGCUCCUCGGCGGAACCCUAGUCCUUACUACUACGGGGACUUGUUCAAGACUCAGCCGCAGCCCACUCCGUCAGCCCCGACGGCGACCUCCACGUCCUCCGCCCGCGGGCCGCGGUACCGCAAGUCCGCCAGCCUCGACGCCCCGCACGUGGCCGCUCGCCCCAAUCUGCCGAAGCGGUUCUCGGUCGCCGAGGAUGGGUUCCGUGAGCUAGAUCGGUCGUCUUCUUCGUCCGGCUCGUCCGCGUGGAUGCCGCCGAGGCGCCGCGCGCGCGACGCGGCCGGCUGCGUGUGCGCCGCGCCCGACGAUGUAGAGGAGCGCCACCCGUCGCGCAGCGUCUUCUACGUCCCGGCGCCGCUGCCCCGCUGGCCGCAAGAAAUGACCACCCGACAGAUUUACGAGACAGCAUUCGAUUGCAAAAUCGCCCGCUCCGACGACGAUUUGGAUGACUUCGAUCGCGUCAGUAAUCAUCCGGCACUUUUACAAGCUGAGGACAGAAAAGUUAUUUCUUCAGCGUCCUCUGCAUUUGAAGCUGUUGAGCGCAGUAAACAAAAAGGCAGUGAUGGCUACCGUAAGGUUACAAUGAAAACCGAUAGUGUUCGACGAUCUAAGAUUCCUACAAUUCGCCAGAAAAGAGAGAAUGAAAGCAAUGCAUCUGCACUGUCAGAGGAGUUGGAAAAAGUACACAUUGAUGAAGGCGAACAUGUCGCCUCAACUUCUCAAUUACCACUCCGCGGUUACACCCCAUCUCCACCAUCAACAGCUCCAUUACCAACAAAAUUUCAACAAUGCAGUAAAGAUGGAUCCGCCAUGAAUAGCAUAAAAAGUGCUCCAAAUCUUCCUCAGUCGCAUCCUUCUCACCCUCGCCUGAAAGACCUAAGACUGCCAGUGAAAUCUCUAAGAGCGCGUGAAACACCUACAAGCAGUGAUGCCAGCAUGGCUGAUCUCAAAGCUUCCACAGAUAAUGAUGCCGGCCAAAGAUUAAGGGACUCAAGUCGCGAGUCUCGGGAUGAAGAAGACGAUAGAGGACAAUCAAAAGACAAUAUUUUUUUAGAGAUUAAGGGCCGACCCACAUCCGAUUCUGACACUCCAGAAUUGAAUCGGUACAAAGGGCCAAAGGGGGUCGGUCCUCUAAUGGAGUUUAAGGCCAGGCCCGGAAUUACUCGUCCACGUCGAAAGUAUUCUAGCACAGAAAGUAUGGCGACGAGUAGUAGCGGCGGAAGUAUGGAAUCACUUAGAAGUAGUACGAGCGAGGGAGACAGAAGUAGUACCAGCUCGGAAAGCCGCCGUUCUUCAUCACUUAGUUCUCAUAGUUCAGAUUCAGGCAAUGUUCAUUUCCCGAAAUCCCACCAUAUGCAAUUGUCGGGAUUUGGUCACCAUCAAACGAAACUACAUAUCUUAAGUCCAAUAUCUGAUAAAUCGUCACAAGAACCCGCGUCGGAAACAUCAGAUAAUAACAGGAAUAAUAACUCACAAAAAGUUUCUCCUGAAGACAAUGAAACUGGAAACAAAACAAUACAGACUUCCGUUGAAAUUGUAGCCAAACCUAAACGUCGAGCACAUAAUAGUAAUCUAUUAAAUCUUACGUUUAGACAUUCAACAAUAGGCGACGCAGAAAUACAGGGUUCAGAUAGUGGCAUCUCUAUACAUUCAAGAGAAGGUGUAGAUUCCAGGAAUGCUUUUAUUAAUUUUAAAAAUAGUAACACUGAAGAGGACCACACUGAUAAAGAUAAAGAUUUGGAUGACUUACCUUUUGAUAUGCCAAAGUUAAGAAGGCGAAGAGCGGCAGAAGCUGAGGCGGACCUACGUUCAUUGCCUUUUGAUAUGCCUAAACUUAGACGGAAACUAAGGGGACAGUCACUGAAUUUGACUAAUGAUUUCGGAGGUGGCAUCUCUAAUGCUUCUUCAAGUCAAAGCGUUCAAGAUCUCAAUCAAGGAACCAAAAGUCGACCAAAACUGUCUUUGGACUUUGAUAGCAGCAGUGGUUCGGGGAGCUCAAAGGGAUUGCAAUUAAAUUUGCGAUCCAUUGCUCCUCCCCGUGAUUUGAUCGAUGCCUCACUUCCGAUUGAUAGACAAGGAUGGUACCACGGUACUCUGUCGCGAGUGGAAGCCGAGCAUCUUCUAAAAACAGCUGAAGAAGGGGCGUUCUUGGUCCGGAAUAGCGAGUCUAAGCACGACUAUUCCCUGAGCUUGAAAUCCACCCGAGGAUUCAUGCACAUGCGUAUCUGCCGAGGUGCCGAGGGGUUCACUCUGGGAGGCGCUUCCACCGCCUUUCCCAACGUGCCCACUCUCAUGAGACACUACGUCACGGCCCAGAGACUUCCAGUCAGAGGCGCUGAACACAUGGCCCUGUCCACGCCAUUGCCAGCUGUCCUGCUAUGAACAUUACGUGCAUUUGAGAGACACAAAGCAGCAAGCACCAAGAAUCUAGAGUCCAGAUGCUUGUAUAUAGAAGGACAGAACAGGGCAUUAGAACAUGAAUGUUUAAGUUAUUUGUAGGGUUUCGUUCUGAUCGCCGAUGAAGCACAAGAGUAAUGAAUACGCGCAUUAUUGUUGUAUUUGUUUAGAAUUAGUGAGACCAGUGAAAAAUACCAAAGAAUUUUAGCAUUAUGCUUACAAUAUUUAGCACUUUAAUGCUUUUUUGUAUAUUAAUUUAUAUAACCAAGACCGGAGAGCAUCCAAAUCCACUGCAGUGCAGUAAAACUAGUCGCAAACCACAAUACGUUUGUAUGUUAAAGUAUAAUAUUCUAUAUUAUUUAUUCGCAUAAUAUGCAACAGUAAUCGAUAAAUAUUAUUUGUAAUUGCUAUAUUUACGUAUGGUAUGCGUUGUAUGAUGGUUCGUAUUAUACAUGUCAUUAAAGAAAAAGUAUGGAAAUGCAAUAUUCAGUGACACCAACUUAGUAACUUAGUUAUAAUGUUUCUGAGUACUGUAAUUUCGAUACCUCUGAAUAAGGUAGCCUUAACUUUAGUGUGUUUUUUACCGAGUAGCAAAUCUUAGAGUUGACAUAAAUAUGAUAAUAAAUCAUUGACGUCAACCAAAAGAUGUAUAGUUUUGUACCAUGACCCUCUGACCGCAAUAUUAUCGCUGUAAUCAAAACAUUAAUUAUUUCAUAACAUAUCUUCAUAAUGUAAAUUAUUUAAUGGCCUAAUCAGUAUAUAUUUAACACUCGUUAAAACACAAUCCAUGACUCAGAAGGAAAGUUCUUCACAGUGUAAAACAAAUGACACUGAACAAGGUUAAAAAUAAUGAAACGAAAAAUAGCAAGGUGUUCAAAUAUGAAGUAAACACGAACAACUUAGAUAGUGCAGGUAUUGGGUGAAAAUAAACCGUAAGUCUUGAUGAACAAGGAUGAUUGUGGAGCAAAUAAAAUAGAUUCCAUGACUCAUCCACAUGUGGGUCAUGAAAAUAAUAUCGAUUUGUACAACACGCGAGGUGUAUUAGUAGUUAAACAGUAAAACGAUGAAGAAGUAUUACAACGUAGCGGUUUAAAACAAGUUGCCAAUGUUAGGUUUACGGCACAUAAAUUUUGUACUUUAAAAUGAUAGAAGAAGUAAAUGCACAUGUUAUGUAAACGUUCACACGAACUUAUUUAUAUUUUAUGUUAAUACAUUAGAAUUAGGUGAUAUUGUAAUAAUCAAUUAAACAAGGGGCCCUUUACUUUCGAUUCUAAUAGAUUUUUGUGAAUCUAUUUUAAUUUGUUUUUUUAUUCAGAGUUCAGAAUUCCUUUGAUUUGUGUUGACUGACUGCAUCGAAAUCAUAAUCUUUAAUAUAAGAACCUAUUUUAAAUAUUAUGGAUGAAUAAACAUAACAGUUUCUGUAUGCUUACAAAUUAUUAUCAAUUUCUGUGAUUAUAUUUUAUACCCAUAUACCAUUACACAUAGAGCCAAAAUAUGUUGUGUGUAACCUAAGUUGUGAUGAUAUUAACCAUGCUUAUUGUAUUGAUUCAAUAUAUUCAGCCAUUAUUAUUUAUUUAUAAGUGGGAUGCCAUUUACUUGACGAUCUCAUCUUCCUCUGGAUAUUGUUUCAGUUACCGUAGACUUAAUUUCGAUUUGUACCUGAUUUUGAAAACAUUGUUGUUAAAUUACGUUAUAAUUUUGUUACAUUUUUGUAGAAAUCUAGAUACAAUUCUGAAUUUGAAAUAGAUUUUUGGUCAAUGGCCAUUUUUUACUGGCUUUCGAGUCUAGUAUGUCUUGCCUAGUUUUCAUAUCCAGAAUUAUAGCUAAGGUUACUUUAAAAUGUAGAAUUGUAUGGGGAUGAGUGAAAUUGAUUGAAUGUAAGCGAGACAUAAUAAUGACUAUUAUGUAUCUACGCAAGACUAGACCACCGCGCCGCAGCUUGAGCAAGCAUGCAACUAAUUUUUAAUGUAGAUGUAACAUUUUUUAAAUACUAAGUACUUAUAUAUAGUGGAUGCAUAAUGGACAGUAGAUAACAGUGAAAAAACCACGAUUGAUGAAAAAAAUUGGAUGUGUCAAAAUGUUUUUCAAAAAGUUUAGGCUCGGAUCAAAUAAAUUAUAUAGGUAAAUAACAGCU